AUGCGAAGCGGAACACGCUUGCUUGGAGUAGCCGCCGCCGUGUUCGCAUGGCUCGCCACCUGCUCGCACGCGUUCCCCUUCCCCGUCCCCUUGCUCGAACCCUACACGAGCCAGAAGGACGUUGAUGCCAUCAACGACCUGUACGCGUCGCUGGGCUCGCCGGACCUCGACGGCUGGACGGGCUCGGGAGGAGACCCCUGCAGGGAGGCAUGGCAGGGGGUGCAGUGCGACGGCCCCAACGUGACCGCAAUAGACCUCCGAGGUGCAGGCCUGGGAGGAAAGAUGAGCCAGACACUUGGAGAUUUCACUGCCAUCACAAACCUAGACCUGAGCAACAACCAAAUCGGCGGCGCGCUGCCACAGAGCUUACCACCUGCGCUGGCACGGCUAGAUCUUUCUUCAAAUAGUCUCAGUGGAGAACUUCCGGAUUCGAUGGCAAAGCUAAGCUCACUGUCGACACUGAACGUGGAGAACAAUCAGUUCUCUGGACCAAUCCCAGACAAGCUGCUCUCAGUCCCCAAAUUCCUAAGAAACGGCAACCACUUCACCAUACCACCGAUCCCCGGGUCCUCCCCAACUCCGGCGACUCUGCCGCCGCCUCCGGUUCAUCCAAGCCAUGUGCCACCACCAGCUGCACCAGAAGAGCCUCCGAUCCUCUCUGGCUCACACCCACCUAUAUAUGUGAUUCCAGCUCCGCCACAUGACGCCCCUCCGACCAGACACAAGGGCAGGGUGUCGCCGGCGAAAGCCGCCGGGUUCAGCAUCCUCGCCGCCGGUUCGCUGAGUGUCGCCGUCGUUGCGAUCCUGUUCACGGCGUCGAAACGGCGCAGGGAGAGGUCCCUUCGUGUAGGGUACCUGAGAGGAGCUGAGAUGAGCACGCCGAGCUCGGUGAGGGCGCCUCCUACACUACGUGCAGUUGCAGUUGCCAAACCGGAGAAAGACAAAGACCCUCAUUCAGCUGCUGAGGAGAAGAUCGAACGAACUCCGACAGAUUAUGUCAAGGCAGCAGGAUCAUCUUUCAAGAACAGCGGCAACGGGAGCAUCGUGUCAGAUAAGAAGAAUGUUCAGCCCAGUUCAGAAGGCCCACCACUGCACCUGCAACUCCCUUUCACGCUCUUCACGGUUGCAUCGUUGCAGCAAUACACCAACGGUUUCAGCGACCAGGAUCUGAUGAGGGAGACCUGCUUCGGCAAGGUCUAUCCAGCAGAUCGCCCAACGGGAAGCAAGCUUUCAGUGCUGAAGCUCGACGGCGACACGGCGAGAACGCCUGUGGCUCAGUUCCUGAAGACCGUCCAUGGCGUCGCCGGUCUCCGGCACCCCAACGUGGAGGAACUCGUUGGCUGCUGUGUGGAGCACGGGCAGAGGCUGCUCGUCUACAAGCACUUCAGCGACCGCACUCUGGAUGACAUGCUGCAUUUCGAGCACGGGGCGUCUGAAGCUGGAGACACCCUCCGCUGGGAUGCUCGGAUUUCUGUGGCCCUCGAAGCCGCGAAAGCACUGGAGUAUCUUCAUGAGGGGGCCGGGAAGCAGGUGGUCCACCGGCAUUUCAGGCCUGAGCACGUCCUGGUCGACGGCGAGCUGAGGGUGUCGGUCUCCGGAUGCGGCCUUGCUCCGUUCGUGGCUCAGCUCUCGGAUUACUGCGGCGUGACGCUGAGCUACGAGCCGCCGGAAGCAGCCGGUGGCGGCGGCGCCGCGGCGUGGACACCCAAGGGCGACGUCUACAGCUUUGGUGUCGUGAUGCUGCAGCUCCUCACCGGGCGCAGACCGUACGACAGCUCGCGGGCGCGGGGCGAGAGGCACCUGGUGCCGUGGGCGAGCGCGCGGCUGUACGACCUCGCCACGCUGGGGAAGAUGGCCGACCCGCGCCUCGCCGCGUCGCCGCCGCCGGUCAGGUCGCUGUCGCGCUUCGCCGACAUCAUCAGCCGGUGCAUACAGCAAGAGGCAGAGUUCCGGCCAGCCAUGUCGCAGGUGGCGCAGGACCUGCGGCGCGCGCUGGAGGACGCGCGCGCGGGGACGGGGACGGGGAAGGGGAGCGGCGGCGCUGCACAGGCUUAG